AUGCAGUCUCGACUGGUUGAACUUGUCAUGCAAAUUCCAUGCUGCUUGUUCGCCCGCUGCUACGUCGAUAAGAACGUUCUCCCUCUCAUCCUUCUGAUAAUGAUGACGGCGCGAGACGCCGGCGCGCCCAACAAUGGCACCGCUUCCCGUUUUCAUCGCAACAGAGAGACGGUCCUCUCCGAAACCAAAGAUAUUUACCCCCAUGAUCGCGAAACAGUGCUCGAGGCAGUAUAG